CGGAAGGCGUUUUGGACGCAGACAGAAGUCUCAGGGAGGGACGACUCCGUUGUUUUGGAGCCUGGGAAACUAAAAGACUGACGGGGAGCAGCAGCGCGAGUUUCCGCGACCCUUCCCCAUCCCAGACGUGCGGGCCGGGGGUCCGCCGCGGCUUGCCCGGAACGAAGAGGAGCCGCGGGAGGGAGGCUUGCUUUCUCCGCCGCGGACUGGGGCCUACGGUGUCUCGUUCGAGCGUCCUAGGGCCCUUGAUCUCGCUCCUCUGCCUCCGGGCAGCUUGUUUGCCCGGCCUGCUGGGAGCGAUCGGCGCUGACAGCCUUGCUCAGACUCCUCAAACCACUUUUGAGUCUUUCGGAAGAAAACUGAGGUUCACAUUUACCAAGAGAACUUGAGAAUGAGCAGCCGACGGAAACGUGCUCCCCCAGUGAGGGUAGAUGAGGAAAAGCAACAGCAGCUUUGCUGGAAUAUGCAUGAGGACAGAAGGAAUGAACCUCUCACCUUAACUGAUGACGAGCAGUCCUGCCCAGGUUUGGACCCCUCUCCUGCUCACCGCAUCAUCCUAGAUGACAGUCUAAAGGAAGAAGUGGCUCACAGAGAAAAGAGGAGGUGUUCCGAAGCCGUGAGCAUCUCAAAAUCAAUUGAUAAAGAAGAGACUGGUGGCACUUUUUCCCCUUUGUCUGUAAAGCUGAAUAUUGUAAUUUCUCCCUAUCACUUUGAUAAUUCUUGGAAAGCAUUUCUAGGAGAAUUCACUCUUCAGCUUCUUCCUGAACAGUGUUUAAUUGAAAAUUUUUCUGAAAAGAGUUUUACACUGACGAGUUCCGAGUUGAGCAGUCAGUUCCUGAUCUAUGUUCAUUCAGGAUGUGAAAAUGUAGAGAAAAAAGAAAGAGGACUCAAUGAGCCAGUCAGUAUCUGUGACAAGGGAAUUCAGGUGGAGUCGUCCUUCAGCAGUGAAAUGUUAGAAGAUUUGGGAUGGCUGCAAAAGAAGAAAAGAAUAAAACUUUACCAAAAACCAGAAGAAAAUAACAUUAUCAAGGUUGGAAUUUAUCUUUUGGAAGCUGGCCUAGCAAAACCAGAUUAUCUGAGUGAUGCAAGUUCAAGAAUGAAAAAGUUCAAUCAACUCAUGAAGAGAGUGAUGGAAAAGCUAUACAAUUUUAUUAUUCCAGAUGUGUUGGAAGAGGAUGAGGAAGGUUCCGAUAGUGAGCCAGAGGGACAGGACAUUGAUGAACUCUAUCACUUUGUGAGGCAGACACAUCAGCAAGAAACUCUGUCCAUCCAAGUGGAUGUCCAGCAUCCUGCGCUGACCCCUGUGUUGAGACCGUACCAAAGAGAGGCUGUCAACUGGAUGCUACAACAGGAGCGUUUCAAAAGCACCCCUGCUGGUGAAAAUGCCCUACACUUUCUAUGGAGAGAAAUUGUUACAUCUGAGGGUGUGAAACUCUACUACAAUCCAUACACAGGCUGCAUCAUUCGUGAGUACCCAAAUGCUGGACCACAGUUGCUUGGUGGGAUCUUAGCAGACGAGAUGGGUCUUGGAAAGACAGUGGAGGUUUUGGCUCUGAUUCUGACACAUACUCGACAAGAUGUCAAACAAGAUGCUCUCACUCUUCCUGAGGGAGAAGUGGUAAACUAUUUCAUUCCAUCACGUUAUUCUGGCGGAAAUGUAAAAAAGACAGAAACCCAGAAUAUGGAAUUUGAACCAAAAGAAAAAGUUCAGUGCCCCCCUACACGUGUGAUGAUCCUGACAGCUGUUAAAGAAAUGAAUGGAAAAAAAGGAGUUUCUAUUCUUUCCAUCUAUAAAUAUGUCAGUUCUAUAUAUAGAUAUGAUGUUCAGCGGAACAGGAGUCUUCUGAAACGGAUGCUCAAAUGUUUAAUUUUUGAAGGCCUUGUGAAACAGAUCAAAGGUCAUGGUUUUUCUGGUACUUUUACACUGGGGAAGAAUUACAAAGAAGAGGACAUACAUGAUAAAACGAGAAAGCAGGCAGUCGGGAGUCCAAGGAAAACUCAGAAAGAAUCCAGAAAAUCAGGAAACAAGGACACAGACUCUGAAUAUUUGCCAUCAAAUACCUCUGAUGAUGAUGAUGAUCCUUACUAUUAUUACUGUAAGCCCAGGAGAAACCGUAGUAAGUGGAGGAAGAAACCUGCUCUGUCCACAAAAAGGGAAAAAAGCCAGCUGAGCAUUGGUCUCAGCCCACAAGAUCACUGCCCACCUACCGGUAACUCUGAAAUUACUGAUGUUACCACGUCUGAAGGUACAUGUGUCUUUGAAGUCAGUCAAGAACAUUCAGCCAAGGACCAAGCUGAAUCUCUAAAUCCUGUUGGUGAUGACAUGCCACACUCUAAUAUCAUGGGUCCCUGUAAUUCUCCCGAUUACCGCUUUGAGUGCAUAUGUGGUGAACUUGACCAGGCAGACUGUAAGCCUCGUGUUCAGUGCCUGAAAUGCCGCUUGUGGCAACAUGCAAAAUGUGUGAAUUAUGAGGAGAAGAAUCUGAAGGUUAAACCUUUCUACUGCCCCCACUGCCUUGUUGCAAUGGAGCCAGUAUCUACGAGAGCAACUCUGAUCAUCUCCCCCAGUUCCAUCUGUCAUCAGUGGGUGGAUGAAAUCAACAGGCAUGUGAGGUCAUCAUCUCUUCGAGUCUUGGUAUAUCAAGGAGUGAAGAAAGAUGGUUUUUUACAGCCUCAUUUUUUGGCAGAACAGGAUAUAGUCAUCAUUACUUACGAUGUCCUCCGUUCAGAACUGAACUAUGUAGACAUCCCACACAGCAACAGUGAGGAUGGGCGUCGCUUAAGGAACCAGAAGCGCUACAUGGCUAUUCCCAGUCCUCUUGUAGCUGUGGAGUGGUGGAGAAUCUGCCUUGAUGAAGCUCAGAUGGUCGAAUGUCCUGCUGUAAAAGCUGCAGAAAUGGCUCAGCGCUUGAGUGGGAUUAACCGCUGGUGCAUCAGUGGCACUCCGGUACAGAGAGGAUUGGAAGAUCUUUUUGGGUUAGUGGUAUUUCUCGGUGUUGAACCUUACUGUCUCAAACACUGGUGGGUUCGACUUCUCUAUCGUCCUUAUUGCAAGAAGAAUCCUCAUUUCCUCUACAGCUUUAUUGCCAAGAUAAUGUGGAGGUCUGCAAAGAAAGAUGUGAUUGACCAAAUCCAGAUACCCCCACAGACAGAAGAAACCCACUGGCUUCACUUCUCUCCAGUGGAAAGACACUUCUAUCACCGUCAGCAUGAGGUGUGCUGCCAGGAUGCAGUGGUAAAACUCAGGAAGAUUUCCGACUGGGCUCUGAGGCUCAGCAGCCUGGACAGAAGGACCGUCACCUCCAUCCUGUAUCCGUUGCUGAGGCUCCGGCAGGCCUGCUGCCACCCACAGGCAGUUCGUGGCGAGUUCUUGCCACUCCAGAAAAGCACCAUGACAAUGGAGGAGCUGCUGACAUCCCUGCAGAAGAAGUGUGGCACUGAAUGUGAAGAGGCCCAUCGGCAGCUAGUCUGUGCCCUCAAUGGCUUAGCAGGCAUCCACAUCAUUAAAGGCGAGUAUGCUUUGGCAGCAGAACUAUACAGAGAAGUGUUGCGUUCAUCUGAGGAACACAAGGAAAAACUCAAAACGGAUUCACUGCAAAGACUUCAUGCUACCCAUAACUUGAUGGAAUUGUUGACAGCCAAGCACCCAGGGAUACCUCCUACCCUCAGAGAUGGCAGACUUGAGGAAGAGGCCAAACAACUCCGAGAGCAUUAUAUGAGCAAGUGUAACACAGAGGUUGCAGAAGCCCAGCAGGCUUUGUUGCCUGUGCAGCAGACUAUCCGUGAUCUCCAGAGAAAGAUUCAUUCUAAUUCUCCUUGGUGGCUGAAUGUGAUACACAGAGCAAUAGAAUUUGGUAUUGAAGAGGAACUUGCUCAAAGAGUGCGAAAUGAAAUAACCAGCAACUACAAGCAACAAACUGGCAAGCUCUCUAUGUCAGAGAAGUUCCAUGACUGCCGAGGACUUCAGUUCUUACUGACAACACAUAUGGAAGAGCUCAGUAAGUUCCAGAAGCAAGUGAGAGAGGCUGUAAAAAACCUGGAGGGACCUCCAUCUCGGCAUGUUAUUGAGUCUGCAACAAUCUGCCAUCUCCGACCAGUCAGACUUCCUCUCAACUGCUGUGUCUUUUGUAAGGCUGAUGAAUUGUUCACAGAGUAUGAGUCGAAACUAUUUUCUCACACAGUCAAAGGCCAGACUGCAAUAUUUGAGGAGAUGAUAGAAGAUGAAGAGGGACUGGUGGAUGACCGAAUAACUACCACCAAUCGUGGUCUAUGGGCAAUAAGUGAGACAGAGCGAUCUAUGAAAGCUCUACUGUCAUUUGCAAAAUCACAUAGAUUUGAUGUGGAAUUCAUUGAUGAGGGAAGUUAUUCAAUGGAUCUCUUUGAAGCUUGGAAGAAGGAAUAUAAGUUGCUUCAUGAAUAUUGGAUGGCUCUGAGGAAUCGUGUGUCUGCUGUUGAUGAACUUGCAAUGGCUACAGAACGACUAAGGGUCCGUGAUCCUCGGGAGCCAAAGCCCAGCCCGCCAGUUCUUCACAUCAUUGAACCACAUGAGGUAGAACAGAAUCGUAUAAAACUGCUAAAUGAUAAAGCUGUUGCUACGUCCCAGCUGCAGAAAAAGCUUGGGCAGCUUCUUUACCUAACUAACUUGGAAAAGUCUCAGGACAAAACAUCAGGAGGUAUUAAUCCAGAACCUUGUCCAAUCUGUGCUCGGCAACUGGGAAAACAGUGGGCAGUCCUGACCUGUGGGCACUGUUUCUGUAACGAGUGCAUUUCAAUUAUUAUCGAACAGUACAGCGUGGGGUCUCAGAGGAGCUCCAUUAAGUGUGCUAUCUGCCGCCAGACCACGUCUCACAAGGAAAUCUCCUAUGUCUUCACCUCAGAGAAAGCCAGCCAGGAAGAAGACAUCCCUGUGAAGGGCAGCCAUUCUACAAAAGUGGAAGCUGUGGUCAGAACUCUGAUGAGAAUCCAGCUUAGAGACCCAGGGGCUAAGGCACUUGUUUUCUCAACGUGGCAAGAUGUAUUAGACAUUAUUUCAAAAGCUCUCACUGACAACAACAUGGAAUUUGCACAGAUCAGUCGUGUUAAGACAUUUCAGGAGAACCUGUCAGCAUUUAAGUAUGAUCCCCAAAUCAAUAUUUUGCUGCUGCCCCUGCACACAGGUUCUAAUGGAUUAACUAUCAUUGAAGCAACGCAUGUUCUCUUGGUGGAGCCCAUAUUGAACCCUGCCCAUGAGCUUCAGGCCAUCGGAAGGGUGCACCGGAUUGGACAAACAAAACCAACUAUUGUACACAGAUUCUUAAUAAAAGCGACAAUAGAAGAAAGAAUGCAAGCAAUGCUGAAAACUGCUGAAAGGAGUCACACGAACCCUUCCGCAAAGCAUUCCGAAGCCUCCGUCUUGACCGUGGCUGACCUGGCAGACCUAUUUACCAAAGACACCGAAGACCUUGAAUGAAGUACAUGUGAUUCAGUCCAGACUUUAGUGUAUUUUAAAUUUUUCAUAGUUUAUAGAAUAAAGUUAUAAGUAAAACAA